CACACCACCACUUUACAAAUAUUUUCUAUCAACGACGACGACAACCACCACGAAAAUUUUGAAGUCUCUAGAAAUUUCCACGACGACUUGAUGAUGAGGAAACCGAUGAUAAACAUAUGCUGCGUCGCCGUAACGCCGUCGAAUCAACAGCCUCCUCUUACGUUAACGCCACGCCAGAGUUUAGAAUCAGCAGCGAUCUACGGAGUGAUCGAGUCUGCCGCCGACAUAAUCGAGAGAUGGAACACUGAGACCUCCUCUUUCGCCAAAGUCACUUCUAUGUUCUACGAGGACAAAUCAGAAGCCAUGACGUUCAUCGAACGAGUCAAAGAUCUUCAGAAGACGAUGAAUGUACUGGUGUGUGAGGAUCCUAACUCCGAGAGACUCAUGAGAGCUCAUAAACUCAUGCAGAUCGCUAUGAAGAGGUUACAAAAAGAGUUUUAUCAGAUUCUUUCGAUGAACCGUGCUUAUCUUGAUCCAGAAUCUGUCUCUACUCGUUCUUCACUUACCUCAGCGAGAUCUAGCUACUCUGAUUUCCCUGAAGACGUAGAAGAUUCACACAACGGAGGUGAUAUCAUCGUCGAGCUGGAGGAGGUUUCUAUCAACGUCAUGACGGAUUUAAAAUCCAUCGCUGAGUGCAUGAUUGGUUCUGGUUACGCUAAGGAGUGUAUAAGCAUAUAUAAAACCAUUCGGAGAUCGAUCAUCGACGAAGGUAUCUAUCGUUUAGAAGUUGAGAAGACGAGUACGGGGAAAGUGAAAAAGAUGUCAUGGGAGGUUAUGGAGUUGAAGAUCAGAAGCUGGUUAAAAGCUGUGAGUGUUUCUAUGGAGACUUUGUUCAGAGGCGAGAAGAUUCUAUGUGAUCACGUCUUCGAAACCUCUGACGCAAUCAGAGAGUCUUGUUUCAGUGACAUCUCACGCGACGGAGCUCUUCUUCUCUUUGGAUUCCCGGAGCUCAUCGCUACCAAAACAAGCAAGAAAAACUCGCCGCCGGAGAAGAUUUUCCGGUUGCUUGACAUGUACACUUCCAUCGCCGGAAACUGGCAAGCGAUCGAGUCGAUCUUCUCGUUCGACUCUAUCUCCGUCGUUAGAUCUCAAGCUCUCAAGUCUUUAAUCUCUCUCGGCGAAUCGGUUCGGUCGUUACUGGCGGAUUUCGAGUCAGGGAUACAGAAAGACUCGUCGAAAGUGGUUGUUCCCGGCGGAGGAGUGCAUCCUCUGACGAUCUCCGUCAUGGAUCACCUCUCUCUUCUAGCUGACUACAGCAACGUCCUUGUUGACAUCCUCGCUGGAUCUCCACCGCCGGAUAGAUCAUUGCUACCGGAAACUUACUUCAACGUUUCCGAAACCGAUGACUCGCCGUCGUCGGAGCUCGCCCUAAGAUUCGCCUGGCUCAUACUUGUUCUCCUCUGCAAGAUCGAUCACAAAUCUAAUCACUACAAAGAUUUCUCCGUGCAGUAUCUCUUCCUCACUAACAACCUCCAGCACGUGGUCUCACGUGCGCGUUCCUCGAACUUGAGGCAACUCCUCGGCGAGGACUGGAUCACGAGGCAUUUCGCUAAGAUGAGGCAGUUCGCCGGUAGCUACAAGCGGCUUGCGUGGGGACCUGUUGUAGCUUCGUUGCCUGAGAGCCGUACGGUGGAGAUGACGGCCGAGGAAGUGAAGGAUAGGUUUGAAAAGUUCAGCGAGAGCUUCGAAAACGCGUACGUUAGACACAGUGUCUGCGUCGUAGCUGAUCCGAAGCUACGAGACGAGAUAAAAGUAUCGAUAGCGAGGAAGCUGGUCCCGAUAUAUCGCGAGUUUUACAACACGAGAAGCUCUGUCGUCUUGGCGGGAGCAGCAGCCGGUGGAGGGAAGAAAAACUUGAGCUCAGUUGUCCGAUUUACCCCUGAAGAUAUUGAGAACUUUUUGUCUGAUUUGUUCUUAGAGAAGGGUAGUUCUGGGAAUUCAUCUACAUCUUCUCCUUCAUCUUGUCGGUCACGGCCAUCAUUGUCCUAAAACUACAAAAGAAAAAAGAGUUUAAUUAAUAAUGGUCUUAAAUGUAAAGGUAAGUACUUUUAAUUAGUAGUUAAUCUUUCAUGUUUUUUUUCUUUUUGGCAGUUAUGUUUACGCAACAAACCAAAUCUCAUUGUGAUUCCAUAAUGAGUGAUGGACAACGACAUAAAGUAGGGUUAGAUCUUUUUUACUUCUUUCUUUUUUUUUACAGUUGAAGGUAAAUCUUCAUGUUUCCUCAUCGAAGUAAGUACGUCCACACGUUUGUUUGUAAUGUCUAAAUGAUGCAAGGGAUUGAGAAAUAUUUGUACCAUAAAAAUGUACUUAGUUACAUAAAAAUCGUCAUAUUUCUCA